UCCUUCCAAAAUGGAGGCCAGGGAUGUGGGCACUUUGCCUCUCGCCCCGGGCCUCAGGGCCAAGCUCGUCGCCGCCGGUUUCCAAACGGCGGGCGACCUGACAGAAACGGGUCCCUGCCAGCUUAGUAAAGAAACAGGAAUCUCUAAAGAGGAGGCGUUAGAAAUUCUGCAAGUAGUGAAACGGGAGCAACAGGACGAAGGAGGAAAGGCUUCUGGGGAAGCCACGUCUAUCAGGAAAUAUACAGCGCUCGAACUUUUGGAAGAAGAGCAAGCCCAAGGCUUCGUCGUAACGUUCUGCUCUGCUCUGGAUGGAGUCCUGGGUGGCGGCAUUCAGCUGGCCAAAAUCACGGAGAUCUGUGGCGCUCCGGGUGUUGGCAAAACACAGCUAUGCAUGCAAUUGACGGUGGAUGUACAAAUCCCGGAGAGCUUUGGAGGGCUCGCUGGAGAAGCCGUUUUCAUCGAUACGGAAGGGAGCUUUAUGGUCGACCGAGUGGCCGAUAUGGCAGCAGCCUGUGUCCAGCAUUGCCGGCUUAUUGCAGAGACGCAUCCAGAUGAAGACCAUCCACCAGCCUUGGAGACUUUCUCCCUUGAAAAUAUCCUCUCCCAUAUCUACUACUUCCGUUGCCAUGACUAUGUGGAGCUGUUGGCACAAGUCUAUCUGCUGCCUGACUUCCUCUCUGAACACCCAAAGGUCCGGAUGGUGGUGAUUGAUGGCAUUGCCUUUCCUUUCCGACACGACUGGGAAGAUCUCUCCCUGCGAACACGGCUCUUGAAUGGCUUGGCUCAGCAGCUGAUCAGUAUCGCCAACGAUCACACAUUAGCUGUAGUGCUGACCAAUCAAAUGACAACGAGAUUUGGACAAAGCCAUUCCUCAUUGGUGCCUGCCUUAGGAGAAAGCUGGGGUCAUGCAGCUACCAUCCGUUUAAUUCUGCACUGGGACAACAAACAGAGGCUAGCAACGUUAUACAAGUCACCGAGUCAGAAGGAAUCGACGGUGCCGUUUUCCGUUACCUCUCACGGAUUCAGAGAUGCCGAGCAGCCACAUUCAACUCCAGCCCUGGCAGAAAGUGAAGCAAACCCUCGCAAAAGGCCACGGGUUGAACACGGAGGAGGAGGAGAAGAAGAAGAACCAUUGUAAAUAAAUAUUUUGUCCCUGCUUCCGGUUGAAAAUGUUUGCACUGUGGAUGGACUUCAACGUUGUUCAAGAGACUUAUUCAACUUGGAUAAGACGUACCUUUAAAGUUAAUCUGCGUGAUUGUAAUUUUAUCUUCCUCAUUUCUGUGUUGUUAUUGUUUUCCUCCUUCCCCGGGUGUAAUUUUUCCUUUUCAAAUAAAUGGUGACAUUUUCUGUA